CCGUAUGUAUCAGGACAUGGUCUGUCGGAAAACAUUUUAUUGGAAAUGCAUAAGUCCCCGGAACGGCCUAGAUGGAAAGAUGUUGAAAAAAUUAGAAGUAAAUUAGAAUAAUUCAGUACAAUAUAAAGUACAAUGGGUUUGUACAAUGACAAUUCUACACAGUUGCACACGAUACAUUUCCCCCCAAUUUAUUUACACUUCGUAAAACAAUACACAUCUCCUUUUCAAAAUGUUUACAUGUUUACAAUGUCUUCAUUGUAUCAGUGGAGAGUCGGGCUCUGACUUUUCUCCCUUUGUCCCCCUGUAUUAUAAGAGUUCAGAGUGAUAUUCUUCAUGCAGCCAACCAUGUCUGGCCCUUGGCUCUACCUAGCUUUUUUUCUUUUUUUUGGACAAACCAUUGCAUACCAACUCCUCGCGUGUUUCGUAGCAGACUCAUAGGCGCCAAACAAACACUGUUGACUGGAAUUGUAUGUGGCCAUGUUCCCAUUCUGGAUGAUAUUAUUGCCAGUUGUCUCCAGUUAUCAGGACAAAAACAUUGUGAUUUUUGUACUCCUGCAGUUGUAUUUCCUACUCCCACUUGGACUCAUGUUGUCCAAAACAAGUCCUGCACGUGACUCUUUCUCUGCACUCGUACCCAUUUAGAUGAUUAAUAUUGGUUGAUCUCAAUUCAGGUUGUAAAUGCGGCAUAUUUUAGCUCAGAAGAGCACCGCAUUCUCUUGCAUUUUUAAGAACAUGUCAUUUGUUUAAAUAGUGUUUGCCAUUCUGCUUUGGAUAUUUGGGUCCCUCUGAAGCGCAUCUAUCUAGGUAUCAAUGACGAUAUUCACUUUAAGUCAAUGUAAACAGGAUAAGGAUAAUUCAACACAGUACUGUAGAUCAUAAUAUUUUAUUAGGAAUGUGUUUGGAUAUUGUGUGGUCAUAUUUAUCUAAUCACCCCUUCUUUAUAGCUGUUGCUAUCAUAUGGAGCUCCUCUAACCUGUGGAGUUCCCCAAGGAUCAAACCUGGGACCGGUCAUAUCUAUUAUUAUUAUUAUCUGUCAGUUUGGCAGCGUCGCUUAUCAUUGCUGUAUCGAUAUCCAGCUUUUGCAUUUGUGAUAUCUAGGGAGUUUUCUAAUUAGUCUAUUUUAAAUAUUUGUCUUGAGAUUAGUUGCCUGGAUGUGUAUUUUUCUGCAGUUAUAAAUCACACCAAAGCUGAGUUUCUUGUCUUGUCCCCAAAUCAAACCUUUUGACAUUUUAUAUUAGCACACUGUUACCCAGUUUAACUUUGAGAAACAUCUUAAGUUAGUUAUUCAGUCUUGUUUUGUUCAUUCAUACAGCAUUCCCAAAAUAUGACACUUCUUAUCUCUCCAACAGCUCAAACUAAUCAUCUGCUGUUUUGUCUUCUCACACCUAGACGAUUGUAACGCACUGCAUCCUUGGUUCUCUUGCAGUUGCGAGCCUCCAGCACAGUUUGAAGCGCUUUGUAUCCCUGGUUUUGGACAGAGCAAUAUUUCCAUCAACAUACAGCAAUUACUUAAGAGAAAAAGCUUGCCUAUGAACAUAACCACACCCCGAUUACAUUUCCUCCAAAACAUAACCAUUAAGUAAGAUAUGUGCCAUUUUUAGGAAAACUGCCUGCGCUGUGACACACGUACAAAAAGUGGCCAGAUAGAAAAGGUAUUUAGCUUUGUCAAGUCCAUGUAACAAAUACACAAGUAUAACCAGUAUAUUAAUGAUAUUACAAUACAAGUAGUUAGUGUAUUUACAUUGUGUUGAUGUUACUAUUACUAUGUUACUUAUUAUUUGGGGAGGGCUUAAAACAGUAGGAAUAUCCUAUUCUUUUCAGACAGCUGCUCCUGUCAGCUUCCUUAGUUUCCCUGCUUGCGUGUCUGUAUGCUUGGCCUGGGUCACUGAAGUGCUCUGUGUCAUCCCUCAUGGGUUUGUGAUGUUAUUCUCAUUUUGCAGACUUCAGCCAGUUGACUAGGAGCCACUGGUUUGUUUUGCACAAUAGACGUUGACUCCCCUCGAUCCGAAUGAAUAAAUAGCGUGCGUCAGUCUCACUGGUCAUUUACCACAGACUUCUGCAGAACCAUGCUCCGCCUCAGCACCACGCUCGUGUUGGCAGCGGCCUGUGUGCUUCUAAGCCCAGGUGUUGCCACAGAGACGGUUGUCACCUGUAAUGUCGACACUGUCCAUCGCCUGAGCUGUGAUAUCGGAGUGAUCAGCGUGCAGGCAGUACUGUAUGGACGUGAAGACACAGAUACCUGCAAUAAUGGAAGACCUCAGAGUCAGCUGGCCAAUACAAAAUGCUCUCAGGAGGGCACAACGGACGUCCUCAUGAAAAGGUGUGAUGGAAAAAGGGUGUGUGAAGUAAGCCUGAAUGUCUUCGGAACUUCUGAUCCAUGCGUCGGCACCUCUAAAUAUAUACAGACCAAGUACACCUGCAUCCCCGCAAUUCACCAAGUGACAUGUGAGCACUCUUUGGCCCACCUGCACUGUGAUCAAGGGCAGGUUAUAGCAGUCCUUGGUGCCACCUAUGGACGCUACGACCAGACCACAUGCAUCUACGGACGGCUUGCCUCCCAGAUCCAAAAUAUUGACUGCUCAAGCCACAUCAGCAGAGUUUCUGAGAGCUGCAAUGGGAGAAAUAGCUGUACCAUCAGAGCGAGCAACUCUGUGUUUGGAGACCCCUGUUCCGGCACUUACAAGUACCUGGAGCUGGCUUACAUUUGUGAAUAUCCUGGGGUCGCUACAUAGCCACUUGCAGAGCAUUAACAUGCUGAAGUUUCAGUCAUAUACCUAUCAUCGCGCAUUCAAUCAACAAUUUAAAUCAGCAGCUGUAGCUGCAAUGGCUCAACAAAGAAAAUCACAAACCUACUGAUGAUCAAGAUAAAUUGUGUGUGUGUGUGUGUGUGGCAUAUGCAAUUAAAUUAAUGAAAACAGGAGUACAUUUUAUUAAGUCUAAGUCAGACAUUAUGCUGCUGCUUAAAGGGAAAGUUACACUAUUAUAAGGUGAUAGUAACACAAAUCUUCCAGUACUACAGACAAGUGACCAGCCAGAGUUAAAGUUGAUGUGAGUUGAACAAAAAUGACCUUUCAGUACAGACAACUUGUCUUCAGUUUGUAAAUAAUACAAAAUAAGUAUAUUUGGUCAUACAUUUUGACAUAUUGAUCGUGUUUUCAGGAAGCAGCAAAAAGAUUUACCAACAACAAAGCUUUCCAAACACAUUCGCCAACAAGCAAACUGCAUGUUGUCAAACCUUAGCCUUAAUGUCCCACAAUGUUAAUCUUUAAAAAUGACUUCAUUUGACCGAGUGUAAAGAUCAGAGGUUAUCUACACCAACGUCUACCAGAUGACGGUCAAGUUGCUGAUGUCGUUGCAAAGGUCGGUCUUUGACGGGUAGACGACUUUCAGGUUUCCGUCCUGGUCCACUGUGCGGACCUGCUGCACGAUCAGUUCGCUGGAGGGCUCAAUGCUGGCGGCCGGGUCCUGUGGGCCCUCCGCUUCCCCAUCUGACCCCGCCUCCUCCCGAUGCUCCGCCGUGAACUUGUUCAACUCUGCCAUUUUCUGUGAUGAAACAGGGAGUGCACUCUAAAUGUCCGAUAUGUGAUUUGAAAUUCAAAGCAUUCAUAUAGCAGCAAACCACUGUCUGUCGCGUGUAUGUUAGCGCAUGUGAGGCCCAGUGGCUCUCUAAUCCCCGCCGCUCUCCAGUUCCCCCUCAGGUUAACACUGUCGGCUCUGUUACCUGCCGGCUCAGUCGUCGCCAUGUUGAGAGCCGCGUGGAGGCAAUUCCUCAAUCACAGAUUUGCUUUGAAUUUGGAAUUGAGCACUUUAAACAAUAUUUCAGAACAGAUUGUGUAUAACUGCAGCAAAGACACUGGAAUAAAAAGCACAGAAAUCACUUUGAUGCAUUUCAUUCAAAAUUGAGAUGAAAACUCCUAAAGAGACCUAAAAGUGAAGUUUCGUCUACAGACUCCAUCAGGACAUACAAGACUGAAAUAAACUGAGCACUGAACUCUC